CAGGACUCCUGUGCACUGAGGAAGGGACCACGUAUCACUGCACCAGCGGAUCCAGCAUGCCACAGUACAAGCUGACAUACUUCAAUCUGCGAGGACGAGCAGAAAUCAGCCGCUACCUGUUUGCCUAUUCAGGCAAGAAGUAUGAAGAUUACAGAAUAGAAGCAGCAGACUGGCCCAAAAUCAAACCGACUAUCCCAUUUGGAAAAAUCCCCAUUUUGGAAGUAGACGGAGUUACCAUUCACCAGAGUCUAGCGAUAGCAAGAUACCUUGCCAGAGAAUCAGGUCUGGCAGGUCAGACACCUGUGGAACAGGCGCUAGCUGAUGCUAUUGUGGACACCAUAGAUGACUUCAUGACACUCUUCCCUUGGGCUGAGAAAAACCAGGAUGUGAGAAAAAAAGCAUUUGAUGAUAUCCUCACCAACAAAGCACCCGAGUUACUGAAAGAUUUGGAUACUUUCUUGGGGGAUAACAACUGGCUGGUAGGGAAGUCUGUAACAUGGGCCGAUUUCUACUGGGAUGUGUGCAGUACUACACUUCUGUCCUGUAAACCUGACCUGGCAGACAACUACCCCAGGCUUUUGGCUCUCAGAGACAGAGUGCAAGCACUUCCAGCUAUUGCAGCAUGGAUCCAGAAAAGACCAAAGACUAUAAUGUAGAUCAGCUGUUCAGACUGGAAAAAACAAAUGCAUGUUUAGUUUUCAACAUAAGCACCCUAAGUUAUUAAUUUUAGAAUCAUUUAAAUUAAUUUCAGAUGGGUAUGCUAUACAAACUCAAUAUCUGCCAUAGGAGAAAAACUAAAAAUCUGAUUUAGUAGGGUAGAGCCUGAAGGAGAGGUGUGGUUUCAGCCACAUUUCCCCCCUCACAACUAAUAAAGUGCUUGAUCAACCUAAUUAAUGUUCUGUGGGCUCUCAAAAGGAGAAGAGAUGAAUAAAGCUUCCUGCAGAGAUGUAA